AUGUCUAAAGAGCAAGUUAAGUCUAAGGAUUCUUGUGUAGGUCCUGCUCCAUUUGGGAUUUCAAAAGUGCUAAAGGAGUCCUCAAACAAGAAGGUUUUGACUGAGUUCGUGCUAUUUACUCUCUGUUUAGUGCUCCUCCCGUGUGGGUUAUUCUUUUCGAGCCACAUUUUUCUAAGGAGAUUUCUGCCAGAGCAGUCAAUUUCAGUUGUUUCUGCCGUAUUUUCGGUAAUUCUGGUAAAUAUCAUAUGUGGAAUAUAUGUAUAUAGGAAAAGGGAGAAUGGCAGAAUAUGGGUCCACCUUCCACACCAAUAUCUAACAAUUCAGAGUCCAGAAAGGCCAGAUAGGUGUUUAUUUAACCCAAAAUUGACUUUGUACUUUACAGAAUCUAUUUUAUUUUUAAGUAUUUAUAUUUUCUACAGUUCUUUUCAUGUAUAG